AUGUUACAUGAGCACAACGAAGCUUUCUCGCGCGAGUAUCUUACCAAAGGUGCAAGUAUCCACGCCCGGAACGGUAUCGAGAUGUACCAGCAGAUUUUCACGCCGGUACCAUAUCGCGCCGCCCUAGAGGAGAUGAACCGUCGUGGGAACCGGAGCUGGGUUAUCGAUGAUCACGACAUCACAUUCGAGUUCUAUUUCCGCACCUUCGCGGAACUCGAAAAGGUGCGGGUGGACCCGGACUCUCAGGCGCUUCAGGCUGCUGAGGGCCCGUACGUGAAUCUUGUGCAUACGGUAGUGACGCUGGACUGGGUGGAGAAGCACGUUGAUGGCGGCAGAGUUGUGAAUGUUGGCCCGGAUGGGAAGUCGACGCAUCCGCCUUGGUCGGAACUGCAUGAUUUGUCGACUGUGUAUUCGGGACAGGUUGCGCAGAGUUGGGGUGAGCAAGCUGGGGGUGUCAUAAUUACAAUUCUCUUGUAG